GGUGUCUCGGGGUGGUGGUGCAGUGCCGCUUUCGUUGCAGUGCAUUCUUGGUUCGGUGCCGCUCCUGCCGUAGUGCCGCUCCAGGUGCAGUGCCUAUGGGGCUGGUAGAGGCAGCAGUCUGUAGCCGCGGUCGUGGAGUUCCUCGUUGUGGACGCUGUAUCAUCAGGGAUAUUAUAUACUGUUGUUAUGACCUAGAGUGCCAGCCAGACCCCAGGCGGCGGUGCUCAGAAGUCUGCAACCUCUAGUGGGCCACAAGGAACUAACCUCGCUGCUCAAGGCCAUUAAGGGUCACUCAUGGUCACGCUAGUCUUCCACUGGGGUCGAAAUCAUUUCCCAGGUCACAGGGGCUCACAAUUACCGGCCCAAGUCACCAGAGGGCUUGAAGUCGCUCCCUUCAGGACACAAGAGGUCACAACUUCCAAGAGACAAAAACAGCUGCCAGAGGUCACAACGGGUCACAGUCUACUUCUUAAGUCACCAGGGGUCGCAGUCACAUCUCCAGGUCACCAGGGGUCACGAAAGGUUAGAGUCCCGGGCGAGGAGCGUGCGGGGGAGGCGGGAGAAGAUGAUCAAGUGUUAGCAGUGAGUGACCUCGCCUGACCUCCUCCAGUGUAUAGUUGACGCCACACCCGCCACCGACGCAAUGCCUCAGAAGUGCCGCCAGCGAAAAAUGAUUGUCGUCGAUGACUGCGAUCCCGAAGGAGAGCUACCUGACCCCUUCCCCCCAAGGAACGUCAAAGUCAAGCAAGAUGUGGACAUGCACACAUUCUACGAUAUCAAGAAGGAGAUUGGAAGGGGAAGGUUCGGCACGGUGUACCUGGUGGAGGACAAGGCGACGAGACAAAAGUUCGCGGCCAAGUUCGUCAACACCAAGAGAAACCAAGACCGAACCAACGUAGGGCGGGAGGUUGAAAUUAUGAAGGCUCUCAACUCAGAGUCUCCCCAUCCGAGGCUCAUACAGCUCUACGACGCCUACGACAUGAUCAAGGAGAUGUGCCUCGUCCUGGAGAUAGUUGAUGGCGGGGAACUGUUCGAACGCGUGAUCAACGACGACUUCAUCUUGUCUGAGAAGGCCUGCACCGUGUUCAUCCGUCAGAUCUGUCAGGGCAUUGAAUUCAUCCACUCCAAAAACAUCCUGCAUCUUGACAUGAAGCCUGAGAACAUCUUGUGCUUGUCGCGGGAGGGCAACAGAGUCAAGAUCUGCGACUUCGGGCUGGCUCGCCGCUACGACCCGCGCAAGAAGCUGCAGGUACUCUUUGGGACCCCAGAAUUCGUCGCCCCGGAGGUGGUCAAUUUCGAACCAAUCAGCUUCGGCACUGACAUGUGGAGCGUCGGCGUCAUCUGUUACGUGCUGCUGUCAGGUCUUUCACCAUUCAUGGGCCACAAUUAUGUCGAGACUAUGACCAAUGUCACACACAACAAGUACGACUUUGAGGACGAAGCCUUCAACUAUAUUUCAGACGAGGCCAAGGAGUUCAUCCAGAAGCUGCUGGUGCUGGAUAAAAGUUUGCGCCUGACCCCUGCACAGUGUCUUCGUGAUGACUGGCUAAAGAAACCUCCCACUUGUAUACUCCACCGUAGCCACCCAAAAGAAGAGUCUGAAUCUGAGUCAGAAUAUGAUUCUGAUUAUGAAUUAACAGAUUCAGAUGAUUCAUGUUUUCAUGUAAAUUUUGUGAAUGAGCAACAACAAAAUGAAAAGGAGAGGAAAAAGAAAGAAGAAGAAGAAUUCAGGAAACAGGUUGAAGCCAAAAGAAUAGAAUUAGAAAAACAAGUUGAAGAUAGAAAAAAAGAAUUGGAGAAAAUGGUUGAAGCUAAAAAUAGAGAAGAAGAACUACAGCGAACAAAGGCACAACUGAAAGAGUUUGUGGAGAGGUGGAAUUCACACCCUAACUCCCCAUAUCUGGUAGGCACACCCAUUCCUCUAGAUCUGCAGAAGCUGGUGAAGACAGGAGGCUGGGACUCCAGAGCUUCUUUGACUUCCUUAGGUGUAGCACCACCAUCUGAUGGUGAUGAUUUCGCUCAUCUUGAUGAAGACGGGUUUAACUUUAAUGACCUUGAUGAUGCAACUGGUCGAGGGGUAUUGAUUAAUGAUAUUGACAAUCAGGAGGAGUUUACAAUGUAUACAAUUGAACCACCGCCAUCUCUCACCAAGCAGCCAUCACCAGAGGAAGUGGCCAAAGAAUUAGAAGGCAAACUGACACAACUGCAGCUGAAGGAUACAGUGAAGUCAAGCAAGGAGACAGAUUUAAUAGAAAGUCUCCAAGAUCAUGUUGUACCCAAUAUAUGUCAAGCCACUAUUGUUGACAAGCAAGAGGAAACGAUCAAAACAGAGAAAAUGCAGAGUAAGAUAACAAAUAAGAAUGAUGAAAUGAAUAAAAGUAAAGAAACAAUGGACAGAUGUGAUGAAAAACAACCUAAAGGUACAAAAAUCUUGGAAAUAAAGAAAGGUGAACAGAAGAAGGCUAGUGAAACUCAAAAUGAAACGAAAGAAGUGCAAGCUAAAGUUAUAGACAAACUCCAAAAAAUGAGCAAUUGUGAAAUAGAUAAAGACAAGAAGGCAUUUGAAGAACAGGAGAAAAUGAGAAAUGUAAACACAAACCUAGCAAAGGGCAAGGAUAACCAGGAGAUAAAUAAUAGUGAAGUUAGUCAGACUGUGAAAGAAAAACUCAAAUCUACAGACAGAAAAAUGUCCAAGGGAUCAAAGUCUAAUAUUUCAGAAGAGCCGCUAGAGGCAGAACAGAUCAUCAACGACAUACUCAAUGUAGAUCACAAAGGGGCUUAUGAAGAGUAUAAGAGGAUGGUAAGUGAAGCACAGAAGGUGAAGAAGGAUGAGCAAAAAUUAGGUGAAAACCUGAAAGAAAAUGGAGAUAAGGAGCAACAUGAGCAGAUACCUAACACUGUGCCAAAGACGACCGCCAGCAAGCAAGAUAACACUAACAAGAGAGGGGUACACAAGAUAAUAGUUAAUGGUGUACAGAAGAAAACAGAAGAACAUAAGAAGAAUGAAAUUAAAAAGGUGAAUUCAACAAAUAUAAUAAAGGAUACACAGAGAAGUUUUGCACAAAAACAAAACACUGACAAGAAGGCCAAUAAUGAGAAGACAGUGAACACUGAAGUAAAGCAGAAUGCGGCUGAGAGUUUGAAAACUCAAGAAAUUGAUAGGGCUGAACACAAAAGACUGUAUGAAGAGUAUAAGAGAAUGAUGGAAGAGAAAAAUAAUUCCAAAGUCAAUGAAGCUACUGAUAAACAAAAUAUUGUUGGCAAAGAGACUGUCACUCAGACUGGGGUUUAUAAUCAAAAUAAAAGUAAAGAACCAGAAAAGUUAAUUGAUGCCACAACAAUGAUGACAGAGAUCCGAAAGAUAAAUAACCCUGAUCAAUUACCAAAGGAACCACUAAAAAGACCUGAAAUCAUUGCUCUCCAGAAAGAGGAGUUGGGAGGAGGAGCAUCAAGACCGCGAAAGAAGUCCUUGCCUUAUUUAGAACAAGGAGGUGAAGGUAAAGAUCAAUCCUCAAGAAUCAUUACCUCUAAGCAAAAUGAAGAUAAGGAAUGCAGCCCUAAAAGCUCUAGAGGAAACACACCCACAAAGCAGCUCAAAAAGCAGCCAUCCAGAGAUGUGCCUCUUCAAGCCAACAUCCUAGAGAAAGAUGAUCAUGGAGGGACACCAGUUCUUCAGAUAUCUUUGAGAGUUGGUUCUCUGUCUUCUCAUGCCAGUGAUAAUGAAGGUGGAAGACGAGGUUCAUUGGAUAUGCCUGGGAGCCCUACACGUCGAAGCCGCAAAACUUCUCGUGAGGACAGGCCACCCUCCAGAGGAUCUGACAGGAGUACCCGAGGAGGAACUCCUCUUGCUAGCAAUUAUCGCCGACCAUCCCGGGAUGUUCCACUCAGUCUUGCUCAGAUUGAAAGUUUAGCUGCAGCCAGUGACCUAAUUAACCCUGACCCAGUGCCUCAAACCCAAGCUUGGCCUGACCUUAUUGUUGCAACUAAUGGUGAGAAUGAUGAAGAUCUGAAUGACUAUAAAGAUUCGUUGGAUGUUCCAGUUGCAACUUUAAUGAAGAGUCCAAGUGGGACAUUGACGUCAGUACCAGGGGUGACUGUUUCUCAGGCAGAUAAGCAGACCAAGGACACUUCACCAUCUCCUAAUCUAAAACAAGAUAACAAAGAGCAAACUACAGCUGAAGAUGAUUUAGCAUAUGUGUCAAAUAAUAAACUAGUGGCUUGGAUUUUAGACAUUGGCAAUAACCAAGUCAAACCUACUCCAUCCAUCAGUACAUCUGACCGUGUGAACCAAUGGGAGUCCAGAGAUUCCUCCCCAAAGCUGACACCUUCUCCUUCCAGAGAUCGAUCUCCAAGGCCCAGAGACAGAUCCCCAUUACCAAAUGGUAGAGAGGGAGAUAAAUCCCCUGCAUUAGUACAGCCACAACUACCAUUGCAACCCAUGUCUCAAGAAGCAUCAUCAGACAACCUUUGUAUCCAAACACCAUGGGGGACUCUAAGACGCUCUCCAUCCAAAAGUAAUUUAUCAAAAUCUCCUCCUUUUGAGGUAUUGGCCACAAAAGUGGGAGAUGUAGUAACUAAUGGACAGAGUAGUACAGAAAUUUUAGCUGCAAAAUCAGAUGACAGCUUGUCUGUUAGUAGCUCAACUCGGUCUCCUUCUCCAAAAAUAAGAGUGCCUCGACUUCAGAAGCAAGAGGCUGUGGAAGUGGCAGCAGAUACCUUUGAUUCUCAGUCUUGUCCACGGGUGAGUGGUGAAAUAACUCCUAGACCUCCAGAAGAGAUUAAGGAAACAUAUAAAUAUGAGGUAGAAGAUAUUGAUAGAAGAACUGUAGUCAAGAAGGAAGAUUACAAGAGUCAUACUUUGCCAAGGCCCUCUAAACUUAUGAAGCAGAGAUCAUCUGACUGCUUAAAUUCAUUUGAUAGAAAGAAAGAGGUCAAGAAACCUCCACCUAUUGACACCAAGAAAGCCAAUGAAGAGAGCAACACUCAUAGCCUCAAGAGGAAAAGUAAAUUCCCUCCCUCACCAAACCAGAAGAAAAAGAUCGGUCCAAUGCUCUUCUCUGCUCAGGACCGUAUAUCCCAAUUUGAGCAGAAGCCAGCCUCCAACUACCCACCUCAACGACCUAUCACAAGAACCAGAAGUAAUGUAGUACUUAACCUAUGUUCUGAGAAACAGCCAUGUGAUGUUAACAAGAAUGGCCUUAGUGGAGCCAAGGUGGUCGACAAAACUCAAGUUGGGUACCUAAGGACGAGACUCUUAGACAAGGUGGGCAAGAAAGCAGCCACACUUCCUGAGGAACCUGCCCAGAGUGAAGACCCUAUCCACAAGAACACUACUAACAACAGACAAAGCAGUGCUGGUAAGCCAACUUUCCUGCGUUAACAUAAGUUCACGUAAUUGAAUGUCAAAUUUUGUCGAUAUUUAACUUCAAGUGUAUAUCACAUUAAUGUGAGUUGUGAGGAUGAGUGCUGCACUAUGUUGUCACUCUCACACAUCUGUAUCUUGGGGUAAAUCCACCGGAGAGAGCAGUUCAUCUCACUAUUUGUCAUCCAUGUAUUCUGAGUGUACUAUGAUCAUCCCUGUCCAUAUUACUGUAUCAUAUUAUUCAUUAUUAUUAUUAUUAUAAGAGAACUGCAUGUUUUUAACCAUGAAGUAUCAUAAAAAAUACCUGAUCAUUUGCCAAAGUACUGUAUUAAUUUUUGUUUUCACUAAAUGUAUUUUCUACAUAUCUGGUAAUUAUUUACUUUUAAACAUUCAUCAUCUACACCAGCUGUGACCAUAAUAUUCUGCUUCGAUGAAUAAUAUGCUUGCCAGAAUAGCUUUCUUAAGAAAGGAUUUUUGUUAUUAUUGCUUCAUAAGCAUGGUAAUUGUCGUUCUUUUUGCAUUAUUAUAAAUAAAAGAAAAUUAUAGAA